AUGCCGCCCGCAAAGUCCUCCCGCAACCACGACGACUCCAAGUCGGACGCUCCUCAUUCCAAGGAGAAGAAUGGCAACGGCCACACCUCAACCAAGAUGCGCCGCGGCGCCAGUCAGAACAGCCACUCUCAUCUUCGCGAAGUCACCAACGCUGCUGCCGUUGUCCCGGCGCCGCCUCCUGCUGAGCCGACGCCUCCCAGUCUGCAAUGGUCCUCAUUCGAACGAGACGUCCUUCAUGCCUACCGCCGCGAGCACCACCUGACCACCCCGACCUCCUUCUCGAACCCUUACAGACAAUGGAUCCUGUCGCAGCCCAGCGGCAUCGGCCUCCACUCGCCCACAAUGGUCCGACGGCGACAAGCCCGGCGCCAGAGCAAAGACCAUCUUGCUCUCGCGGUGCGGAAACACUUCAACGGCCUGGGCGUUCAGGAGAAUGAUGUGAUUGUGGACUUCAUCUACAAGAUCCGUCAUGAUCCCAAGCGUGACUCAAAGAGUUCCAGAAUCACGAAGGCGCAAUAA